UUGCAGCCUUUCACCAAGACCGUCAAGAACAGCGCUUACUACAGCCGCUACCAGACCAAGUACCGUCGCCGCCGUGAGGGUAAGACCGACUACUACGCCCGUCAGCGUCUCAUCACCCAGGCCAAGAACAAGUACAACGCCCCCAAGUACCGCCUGGUCGUCCGCUUCACCAACCGUGACGUUAUCACCCAGAUCGUCUACUCUGAGAUCUCCGGUGACAAGGUCUUCGCCAGCGCCUACUCCCACGAGCUUAAGCGCUAUGGUAUCACCCAGGGUCUGACCAACUGGGCCGCUGCCUACGCCACCGGUCUGCUUCUUGCCCGCCGUACCCUCAAGAAGCUCGGCCUUGACGAGCAGUUCACUGGUGUCGAGGAGGCUGACGGUGAGUACAAGCUCACCGAGGCCGCCGAGACUGAGGAUGGUGAGCGCCGUCCCUUCAAGGCCUUCCUCGACGUUGGUCUUGUCCGCACCUCCACCGGUGCCCGUGUCUUCGGUGCCAUGAAGGGUGCCUCCGACGGUGGUAUCUUCGUUCCCCACUCCGAGAGCCGCUUCCCCGGUUACGACAUCGAGUCCGAGGAGCUCGACGCCGAGACUCUCCGCAGCUACAUCUUCGGUGGUCACGUCUCUGAGUACAUGGAGGGUCUCGCCGAUGACGACGAGGAGCGCUUCGCCUCUCAGUUCAACAAGUACGUCGAGAAGGAGAUCGACGCUGGUGAUCUCGAGGAGAUCUACAGCGAGGCUCACAAGGCUAUCCGUGAGGACCCCUUCAAGAAGGACGAGGAUGCCGGCUCCAAGAAGACCAAGGAGGAGUGGAAGGCCGAGAGCUUGAAGCACCGCAAGACCAAGCUCUCCUACGAUGAGAAGAAGGCCCGUGUUGAGGCUAAGAUCCGCGAGCUUGCCGCUUAG